GCAGGUAGAACAUUACGCAACAUGAAGUAUUCUCUUCAAGCUUUAACCCUGACCUGUUUCUUGUUUUUCCCUUUCACACUAGGUAAAGCAGAUGAUUAUGAGGGUCAAACCGCCGCUGCAGGAGUACUUGGAAAUGAAUAUUUGCCUAACUACGGAGAUUCACAUCAAUAUGGUGGUGGCACAAUUGAUGCUCACCGUGACUAUCUUUUCUCUAAAGCAUUGCAAUGUUUCACUGAUAAGCAUAUAUACAGUAGUUGUGAGGAGUCUUAUAGAUUGACUGAGACAGGGGAGCUCCAUGUACCACCUGAAUAUACCGAUCAAUACUGCAGAGGACCCUGCUUAGAGGAGACUCACCAUGUGCUUAAUUGUCUUGGAAGCAUACUCUCGUACUUCAGAUUUUAUAAUAAGGCCACCGUUAGAGCAGUCGAAGAGACUAUCAAGGAGGGAUGUAGCUAUGGCCCUGAAAGAGGUCUUUUCAAUGUUGCUGAGCACAUCCUAGCUUAUGAUAACACUGCUUUUCGUGCUUCAAAGUCGUCCAUGCUGCAUAGCUUUGUUCUGAUGACUUUGGCCCUUAUUUUCUUCCUUUGAAGCAACGUUCACAAGUGAAGAUAUUGCUGGAAAAACUAGCUUCUGAUUUACACGCAACGCUUGUUGUUUAAUUUGACUAGUGUGUUGAUCAUGUAGUAUUAGUAAACAAAAGUUCAUU